AUGCACGGAAGGGAAGACACAGCAAGGUGCAUACGUCAGAAAGCAAGUAAUGGAGUGAAGCUUCUGGAUGUAGUCUUGACCGAAGGCUCCUAUCACGGAUACAAGUACAAGUACACCUAUGCGCUCCAGGCCAUUCACUUGGUCCUGUCACAACAUCAACAAAACGACAACAAGGCCAGUGAGACGUUGGUCGUCUUUGCCGAUGCCCAGGAUGUCUUGAUUCAACAAUCCCCGCAACAAGUUCUCGACGCCUUUCACGACAAACCACAAUCCCACGAGUUUAUCUUUUCCGCCGAGGGAACGUGUUUCCUAAUGGGCGUUUGGCCACACAGUUUUGGCGUCCCCCAUGCGGUCUGUGGGGAGGGCAACAACAACAAUGACGAGGACAAGAACCAAGCCAUGAAAGCCAUCAUGUCUCAUUCGCGCUUUCCCUUGGCCGACCCGCAAACGGCAGUCCAGGAGGGACGCAAAUUUGUAAAUACGGGAGGAUGGAUUGGGGUGGCCUCUCGGGCGGGAUUGAUACUCCAAGAACUGGCCCACAUUGUCCAGGGACGACCCGACGAGGAAGUCUGCCAUCAAUGUGGUACCGAUCAAUUGUUGGGCAAUGCCGCCUACUUGCGCUUCCCCUCCCUCAUUGGGUUGGAUGCGGACUAUCUGUUCUUUGCCGGUGGAUCGUGGAAUUUGAUCAACCAAGAGUUAACCUGGCAACAAACUUCGAAUGACAACAACAACAACAACAACAACAACAACAACAACAACAACAACAACAACAACAACGCAGACAACAAGGCCUAUUGCCGGUCCAAAACCAACAAUUGUCCCGCCUUUCUUCACUUUAAUGGCGGUGGCAGCGAAGGAGGUGUCCCGCAAGAAGCCUUCGACAAGUUGACCUCGUCCGACGCUGCCCUCCGGAGGGAGGGUCUGUCACCAUUGUCAACUUGGAUACCAGCGUGA